CCUUUUGUCCCCAACCCAUCAUAAAGUUUUCCACACAAUUGUUUCUUAGUCAACGAUCUACUUUAUUGUUUGUUAUUAUUAAUCAAUUCAUACAAAUUCCUCCCGGUUAAUAAAGCUUUCAUUCUAUUUGAUCCUUCAAGCAUACAUUCAAUGGCAUCUACUUCAGCUUCAUCAGUUCAAAAGAGCUUCAAGUACGAUGUCUUUUUGAGUUUCAGAGGUGAAGACACUCGCAAGACCUUUGUCGGUCAUCUCUAUCAUGCUCUUCACUGUAGAGGCAUUAACACUUACAAAGAUGAUGAAAAAAUCAAGAAAGGAGAAGUGAUCAGUAAAGAGCUCAUCACAUCAAUUCAAGACUCAAGAUUUUACAUCAUUGUCUUCUCCAAGGACUAUGCAUCUUCAUCAUGGUGCUUAGACGAGCUCGAGAAGAUUAUAGAGUGCCAGAGGUUGACCGAGCAUACUGCUUACCCUGUGUUCUAUGAUGUUGAACCCACCCAUGUCCGCCACCAAAGUGGGGCCGUUGAAGAAGCCUUUAAAAAACAUGUAGGGAAAGAGGGUGCUGGCAGAUGGAGAGGUGCUCUUAGUGAAGCAGCCGGUCUGGCUGGGUGGGAGUUAAAAAACACUCUGAAUGGAGAUGAAGCUAAGUUCAUCCAAGCGAUUGUUAGAUACAUUUCACUAGAGCUACGCUUCAUCAGUCCAAGCUUUGAUCAGAAGUUAGUAGGCAUCGAGACCCGUGUAAACAAGAUAGUAUCAUCUUUAAGAGUUGGUCUUAAUGAUCCUUGCAUGAUAGCCAUCAAGGGGAUUGGAGGGGGUGGGAAGACGACUUUAGCGAAAGCUGUGUUUGAUCAUAUAUCCUGUCAGUUUGAAGGUAAAAGCUUUGUUGAGAAUGUUUCAAAACGCUCUUCGUUUGGUUUAAAGAAAUUGCAAAAACAGAUCCUUAAAGAUGUUUUUAGCGGUCAAUGCAUUGACAACAACACGGAGAUGCAAAGGAUGCGUAAUACAAAGGUACUUGUUGUUCUGGAUGAUGUGGAUAAUAUCAAGCAGCUUGAGGCGUUAGCAGGUUCACCUAGCUGGUUUAAGCCAGGAAGUAAAAUCAUCAUUACAACUAGAAAUGAGCAAGUGUUCAAGCCACACCAAGUGAAGCUUAUUCAUGAUGUCAAUCAGUUAUUGUUAUCAAAUGAUGAAGCGAUUUGCCUCUUUAGUAGGUAUGCAUUUGGGGGAGAGAUUCCAAUUAGAGAUUAUGAAGAGUUAUCAAGCCAAGUUGCGCAGUAUGCUGCUGGUCUUCCCUUAACAACUAAAGUUUUGGGUUCACAUCUUUGUGGUGUAGAUAAGGAUGGAUGGAUAGAUGCCAUUGACAGACUAAAAACAAUUCCGGAACAGGAAACUUUGGAAACAAUGGAACUAAGCUAUAAUGGUCUCGAGGAUGAUGAGAAAAAAAUAUUUUUAGAUGUUGCAUGCAUCCUGAAAGGUGAAAUGAAAGACGAAGCAAUCCGAGUACUUGAAUGUUGUGACUUUCAUGCUAAAAGAGGUUUAAGAGUUCUUGAGCAGAAAUCUUUGAUAACUAUCUCUAACGAUGGUCGUUUGGGCUUGCAUGACCGUAUUGAAGAAAUGGGCAAAAAUAUUGUUCUUCGUUUGAGCCCUGGAGACCCUAAGAGAUAUGAACGCUUAUGGAUUAAAGAGGAAAUCGAAGAUAUUUUGAAAAAUGACCUGGGUUCUGAAGCAAUAAGAUGUAUAAAACUGGAGGAUACAGAUCUCAGUUCAACUAUUAUUAUGAAAGGUCUUAGAAAAAUGAAUGGACUUAGAUAUCUUUACGUGAACACCCCUGUUGGUAAAGUUGAAGUUAAUGAAGUUUGGCAAUACUUACCAGAUACUUUACGAUCACUACAUUGGCCUGGAUACCCUCUUGGGUGUUUACCUAAGACAUUUCAAGCAAAUAAGCUUGUUGACCUCGCAAUGGUUCAGAGUAAUAUCUGUCAACUCUGGGAAGAGGGACAAACUAAGGCUCUUGAGAAGCUCAAAUUCCUUGACCUCAAAUAUUCAAACUUGACAGCCUUUGAUCUUGGGAUGACUCUAGAUCUUGAGAUGUUAGAUCUUAAAAAAUGCUACGAAUUUCUAGAACUCCACAUGCCACUUACUCCUUUAAAGCUCAAAUUUUUAAAUCUCAGUGGUUCUAAGGUGAGUAACCCUAACUUUAGGCUAACUCCACAUCUCGUGAAGUUAACUUUGUCGAUAAAGGAUGUUAAGCAUCUUCCAGAUAGCAUCUGUAAGUUGAAACAUCUGAAAUAUCUUAACCUAAAAUCUUGUAAGCUUCUUGAGCAGUUACCCACUGAUAUAUACAAGCUACAUGGUUUAGAGGAGUUACACCUAACGAAAUGUUUUGUCUUACAAGAAAUUACGAACAACAUUUGUAUGUUGAAACAUCUGAAAUAUCUUAAACUCACAUCUUGUUCGUUAAUUGAGCAAUUACCCGAGGAUCUUGGCAGAUUAGAGUGUCUGGAGGAGUUAUACCUGAUAACUUGUAUGUCGUUACAAGAUAUUCCAAACAGCAUCUGUAACAUGAAAUGUUUAAGAUAUUUACAUCUCCCUCAUUGUAAUCUAGUUACGGAACUGCCAGAGGAAUUUGGACGCUUACAUUGUUUGAAAGAGUUAAAUAUAGAAGGUUCAGGCAUAAAGUAUCUUCCGGCAACCAUUUACCGAUUGAGAGAUCUGUGCAUUGUGUGGUCUAGUGGGCAGCUUGAGUGGCAUGGUUUUACAUCAUUGAAAAAGAUCUCAAAAUACACGGCCUCUUCCUACGUAUAUAGUUGCGAAUAAGAUAGGCACUCACAACAUGAGUCUCCUUUAUUGACUCAAGGCCUAGUUUCAAGGAUUCCGGAAUGUACUCAAGGAGGAGAUCAAGUUAUAUAUUAAUUGAUGUUCAAAUACUUGAUGGUGUAUGUAUAUAUUUAUGUGAUUCUAGAAUUUUCCGUUUUUAA